GCGGUCUCGCGGUUUUUGCCGAAACAUACCUUGUAUGUUUUUCCAUUGAAGCUAGACCCCCUGAACGCCUGGCAUCAGUCAACUUGGUCGCAGAAGGCGCUGUCGGAUGGAGGUGGAGGCCACGGCGAUGAACGUUUUUGACUCAAGCAGGCCGAUCAGAUGAACAUCAACUCACAGCUAGGAACCUGAGAAGCCAUACUCAUCUGACAAAAAAUGCGGGGGGCUACUUGUUCACUACUUAGUGCAGCGGGUGCGGCGGGUGCAGCAGGGGAAAUGCAUCUAGCUAGCGGAAUAGUCAUUCCCUGUGCUCUUUCGUCCUCUCCCUCGGCCCUGACCUCGCUUGGCACCUCUACCCCACCCUCGCCCGGCUGGCCUCCGCUUCCGCCGUUACCACCACCUCCACCUUCGUUGUAUCGUAGCCCCACCACAGGCACUAUGAACGGGGGCUUCGUCCAACAAAACUUCGUAUACGAGUAUAUCUACGACAACAGCAACUACGGCUCUAGCUGCGCGGAAAAUAAUCCCUCAAUGUGCCUGCGAAGAUAAACCUUAUGGGCAUAUGCCAGUGGCUAGUGUACUUUCUUCGAGGCUUCGUUGUCAAUGCCUUCCGAGGGGGCUUACCUUAACAUAUUGCAAUUUUGUCGUUCUGGUACGAACCACAGUGACGCACCGCGGCGGUGCAGAACAACGUCGUGGUAGAGGUGGUCAGAGUUAGCCAAUUGAUGGCUCGACCCUUUUGGAGGAUUAUUUGGGCUUCCCCCUGCUUGGCCGUGUGCCGAUCCAUUGCGCAUCAUAUCACUCUCUUGCUCAGAACAGGGGAGAUUCCAAACGCAAAACUGUCAUAUCGAUGUCGACCUUGCAUGAAGCCGAAGAGAAAUCCGUCUCGGCGGAGGACGCAUCGUAGUUUUCCAACGGUUCAUGGAGUGCCGGCGGUUGGAGCGGUACUGCGUUAAUUCACGGAGCGGCUCAUGCAAUGAAUAUGCGCUGACGAACCCGUUUUUAUCUUUCCUGGAGGCACCCCGCAUGAUCAGUCAACACGGCAAGACUAGGGCAACGCGCGAACGCUCAAAGUGGCGCGGCACCGGCCACCACUACUCACCAUAUCUAAUCUCGUGCGAGCUCAGGGGCUUCACCGGACCUGGUGAAAGCGGGAACUGCCUUCGACCACUCAAUUAUGACCGCCCACACUUUGAACGUCAGUGGGUCUGAACAUUACCGGCCGUGUCUCGCCUGGUGCUCCAUACAAUUCCAAUUUAAUGCCCUUCUCAUGGCUUGUGUCAACACUGUGUCAACCAAGUCAGUCACGGGGUGUGCAGUAUACCCGAUUUACCCUUGUCAUGGUCAUUCAAGUAUUCGUGGAGGCAUGUGGGGAAGGACUUCCCUGCCCUGACGCUUCUAUGAAGGGACGCGAGUUUGGCUUCACGAAAAGGCAAUCUAUUCGCCGGCAGCUGCGCUCCCAAAAUAGCGUAUUUCGCGCAUUGCUUCACGGGCGGGCGCUCGUCCGCAUCGCAUCAUUUCGAAAUGCGCAUCUCUCGCUUGGAAAGAUAAGGAGGCAACGGAGACGGUACGGCAUGGGCAACGGAGACCCGCCGGGCUUCGCGGAAUCGGGAUAGCGACGCGACCUAAGAUCCGUCGUUGGUGCAAGCUCGUUCACGUUGAUGCCAGGCGCGCCGGGUCCAGGCGCGGGUGGUGUUCCCAUUUGUGCGCCUUUCGUGGAUUCUGUCAUCUGAUUACGUUGUUUGAGACACCCAAGAACGCCUCCAAGUCCAAAUAUAACACAUGAUUCCGGUCACCAAUGACGUCGGCUCGGAAUUCGGAAGGACACUCGGAGCCCCGCCAGAAACUACAAAACACGCUCACCUGAGGACGAAAUUGAC